AUGGCUCCACGCAAAACCCGUGCGUCUUCUUCUACCAAGCAUCGUCCAAGUAACAUGAAGAGAGUGCUCAGACGUCGCGAAACGGAUAAAACACCAGCAAAAGAGUCCAAGACGGACGUCCCAGACUCAGACUCAGAUCGGACGCAGAAUCAGAUUUCUCAGAUUCCGAUGGCUGCCACUUUGGAUAUUGUAUCAGGUACUUAUCUCUCUACAGCCGGUCGCACUUCUUCUAUACUAAGUAAAAGACUACAAGAAACAUGGGAAACAUUGCAGCAAACCUCAAGCCACCAGCAGCAACAAGAAGACGCCGUGUUGGACGUUCAAGCAGCCGAAAAACUCAAUCUCUUAGCUACUGAGCUUUUACAGCCCAAGCUUAUGCAGCACAAGGACAAGAACAUUCAGUCUCUUGUUGCCUGUUGUUUGGUCGAGAUCAUGCGCGUGUCAUCACCUGACUCGCCCUUUAGCUGCGAGGAAGAAUUGUAUCGAGUGUUUAAGCUCUUUAUUGACCAAUUGAGUGCUCUGACGAUGACUCAAACGACGACAUCUAUUGCUCUGCACAGUUUGUAUGUCCUUGAGAGCUUAGCAACCGUGAAAUCGUGUCUAUUAGUCGUUGGACUGGAUUUUACUAUGGACGAAGAUGAAGAGGUGAUCAUGGUGCAAUUCUUUCGAGCACUUUUUGAGACAAUUGAAUGUGAAAAGUCGACAAAAGUUGAGACUUUGAUGCUCAACAUUAUGGUCGCGUGUCUUGAAGAAAGUGACGAUGUCGACCAGCCACUUUUGGAUGUCAUUCUGAGCCCUUUAUUAAGUGACGAGAGCUCUCGAACCAAGAGUGAAGACGAUGAACAGAGAAGCCCGUCCCAUAUGGCACGGGAAUUGAUCCGACGAACUAGUGAUCUGCUGCAAAAUCCACUUGCCAAUUUCUUUAACAAUAUUUUGAUUGACAGUCGAGGUGGAUUAGGCUCACAAAAGCCUUUCAAGCUUAAGGAGCAUGUGUACACUUUGAUUUAUGAAGUGCACAAGAUUAAUCCGUCGUUAUUGUUGUAUGUACUUCCUAAUGUGUGCCUUCAGCUGCAAGUGGAUGAAGUUGCCACUCGAUCCGAUGCUAUUGCUCUUAUGGGAAAAUUGUUUGCGUCUUCACAUGCAGAUUAUGGCCAUCAGUAUAUGAAAAACUUUUGCGAGUUUCUGGGCCGUUUUCGUGAUGCAAGCAAGGACAUUCGACUGCAAAUGAUUCAAGUUUGUGUACCGAUUUGGGAACACAAGACGGACUUAGCGAGCUUUUUGGAAAAAGAGUUUAUGUUGCGUUUGAAUGACCCGGAAUGGGAAGUGCGGCAGCUUGUGGUACACGAGUUAUGUGACUUUGCAGCAAACUGCUUGGAGCUGAUCAGCGAGGAGUGUCUUCGGGCCGUAGGAGAGCGCAUGAAGGACAAGAAAGUAGCGCUGAGAAAGGAAACGAUGACUGGUCUCAGCCAAGUAUAUAGUACACACAUUUCCUCGUGCUGGGCACUGGACGACGAGGAGGAAAACAGGCUUUUAUCACUAAACCAUCGCAAUAUUCCAGCCACUCAUAUAAAGAAACUGUGCUGGAUUCCGGAUUACGUAUUGAAGUGUUAUGCGUAUCCUCAGCAGGAGCUCAAACUCCGCGUGGUUCAGCUUCUGGAUGAUUUCCUUUUGCCCAAGGCUUUGUCAGACCGAACCCGUGCGAAUGGGCUACUGUUUAUCUUCCACUCUUUGGAUGCCACUUCGAAGGAAGCACUGCGACGAGUUUUCAUCGAACGGGCCAAGUGCCAGGAUGUCUGCAAGCAGUUUGUUGAAUUCAAAAUGCAGCAUCGUCAGAAAGGGAGCGCUACAGAGAAUGACAGUAAUGCAUUGGAAAACGCAAAAGAGCAGCUUUACACAGGACUUGCACCUCUAUUUUCGGACAUUAGUGGCCUGAACAAGCCCUUGGGAAAUCUGGCAAAGUGGAAGGAUCAUACUGUAUUCAAGCACAUGGGUGAAUUAUGCGACUUCUCAAAGAAUCAGCGUGAAAUUCGUCAUGCGAGAGAUCAGUUGGUUCGAUGUGUUGGAUCAAAAACGCCACUGGGGGAGUUUUUGAAGAAACUUUGUCGCAAGCUUUCAUUGCUGACAAUGAAUCAAGCUUUAGUUGCUGUUUUGUUGGACUUUUUGGACUUAAAGCAGGGACGGCCGUCGAGAGAGAAUCGCAGUAUCGUGGACCUGGUCGUGAUGGCGUCUGGUGCAUUACCAGAGUUAUUUGCCCCGUUCAUACGUGAAAAGGUUUCGGCGAUUCUGGUCCGAAGCAACGAUAACAGAACUACAAAUCAAUUCGCAGCGAAUGACAAAGAUGAGGACGAGGAGGACGAGGAGGAUCCGGUGCCUACCGAUCCGAGAGUCGUUCUUGGCGCCUUGCAUGUUCUUGCCAACUACUCGCGGCAUUGGUUCGUAACUCUUGGCGGAGAUGAUGCGUCGAGUGACAGUGAUGAUAGCAACACGCCGUCUGCAGCAUUAGUAAAACAGCUCCACAACUUUUGUCUUGGAGAUAGCAAUGUCGAAGCGCAAAGCUUUAACGCUGCAAAGGAAAUGCGUGCAGCAGAACUAGCAGCGUUUGCUAUUUCCCACUUCUACGGGAGAACGGAAGAUACAAUGGAGCUGAUCAGCAAGCUGUGUUUGAAAGAAAAGCUAGGUCUCCCAAAACAUCCCGGAGUGUUACCAGCGUUGCAAAGUCUCGAAGUUUUCGCAAAGCGUUGCUGCCACAUUUUUUCUGAGGACAGACCGCUAUUUUUACGGCUAUGGACACAUCUACUUGACGACUUGAUUAGCAAAAGCGACCAAACUUCUACAUUAAGCACACCAGGACACAAAGAGCAUAGACAAAAAAAUAGCAGACCGGCUGCGACAAAAGACGCUGAAGUUCGUCGCUUGGCCAUAAAGGUGGCGGUGAAUCUAGUCGUGUACUGCGGAUCCGCUAGAGGUCCGUCAAACUCGAUAGAUGAAGGUACGAAACUGAUCAAACUUCUUUUUGGAAUUUUGCGCUCGGACGGAACAACAUAUGCGUCAGCACCCACUUUGACCGCUAUGUUCCGAGCUACUGCAUCGUGUAGUCUCAUAAAGUUAAUGCGCAACCGUCAGCUCGAGGCAUCCAUGUCAGUUAGCGAGUGGCAUUUGCUCGGCUUCACGAUUCAAGACUCUAACGAAGAUGUUCGCCGCAGGUUUUUGAAAAAACUAGCGUCUCAUUUGAUGAAGCAGCAUGUCCAGUAUCCGCACAAGUAUCUCAGCUACUUGGCGCUUGCUGCUACCGACCCCAGCACCAGCUUGAAGAAAACUGCACGAAAUUUACUUAAGAUUGGUGUAGAGCGUAUGCGACGCAUCUUUGAUGCUGCGUCUUCGCGCGAGUCGGAAGUAGCUUGUAGUCCUGGUCAAUCGGGAGAUAACUCGCCCGGUAUGUGUGCACUCAUGGUACCGGAGUACGCAUUGCCAUAUGCGAUUCAUCUUCUGGCACAUCAUCCCGCAUUUCCAGUAAAGUUGGUAAAGAGAACGCCUUCUAUCAUGGUUUUGCAAAGCGCGCUGUGGACUGACCAGCUGAUGUAUCUGAGGUUCUUUCUUGACGGAUUGGUCUCGGCAAAUGCCGCAGCGGUAGACAACAUCGCUUUUUUGCUUCAGAUUUUAACUAAGCUCUCUCAGUGCCAUGACGUAACAAAUCCUGACGACGUCAAUAUUUAUCCUCUGAUAGAUAGCACAGCUGUUUUGCUCAAGAAGAAGAUCAAGAAACAGUCGAACCUGAAGCCAUUUCCGGGCAAGAUUUUCUUGCCAAAACAUUUGUAUAGCCCCGGAAGACCCAGUACGCUAGUGACUCCGGGUAGGAGAGAGGAGCCAGAGGCACCUGAAUCGCUAGGGACGACUGCAGCAUCCAGACUCAGCACGUCGCUGUCGCCAAUCAAGCCCAUGGACUUUGCUGCGCAUUUCAUGAAGCUGAAUUCUCCACUCGGGAGCUCUUUGCUCAACAGUUCCUUGAAAAAGCGCAAGCGGUCGUUUCAUAAGGAUGAUGGAAGUUAUUCGGAUGCUGAUGAGAUGAAGGAAGACAACGAUGAUGAUCCGCGUGAGUCCAUGGCGACACCACCGCGACGCCAGUCAUUGCUGGGAAAUGCUCGGCCAGCGAAGCGUACAUUUGCAGACGAUUCUAGCGAUAGCGGGGUCGAGUCAGAUGCGUUCUCGCUUUCCACCGCUACCAGGCCAAACGAGCCAGUAUGUGCAGCAUCGUCACUACCCUCCUGA